GGGCCCUUGUGCUCGGUGGGGGGUGGUCAAGUGGGGCCUCCCAGGGGAAGAGGCAGCCCAGCGCUCAAGUGGCACGGUGGUAAGAGGUUCUCUGGACAGACUGGGCUGAGGGGAGGUGGAGGCCAGAACAGGGCACCUUGAGUGCAGGCCUGAGGAGCCCAGGCUAUACCCUAGGGCAGGGAGUAGUCAGAGGGGUUUGAAGUUGGUGGAAAGGACCACAGUGCGCCCUAUGGGGCAGUGGUUCAAAGGGGAGAUAAGAGGCUGGUAAUGGACAGGGGCUGUGAAGACAGAGAAGAGCAAGUGAAUAUUAGAAAUAUUUCCAAGAUAAAGACAAGCAGAGCAGGCCCGAGAGGGUACCAACCAGGGCUCAAGAGUAGGAAAGCAAGGAGCUGGCCAGUGUGGCUAGAGGAGGUCCUGGGACAGGGCUGCGGGAAUGUCAGAUGCCGGGGUGUCCGACUGCCCUGCACAGAGGAGAGGUUGGAGCUUAUGACUCACAACCAGCUGACCCAGGUGCAGGCAGAGGUCAGCUGCCCUCUGGGGCUCUGAGGCCCCUGCCAGGCACACGUGGGCACCUUGGGCCAGCUGGACCCCGAGGAAGAAAUACGUGAUGUCCCCACCCCCUAUCCUAGCUCCUUUACUGAAGACAGGCUCCCCUCCCCCCAGCCCUGCAGCUGCCUCUCUGGACAGAGGGAGGGGGAAGUGGCCAGAAGGGGAAGUGUGAGGAGUUCCCCUCCAGCCUGUCACCAGUCUCCUCAGGCCCUCGGAGUGGCAGUCCUGGGGCCUGGCGGCAGCCAUGGAACCUCUGGAGACUCCCAUCAAGAACGGCAUCCUGUACCAGCAGCACGUCAAGUUCGGCAAGAAGUCCUGGCGGAAGGUAUGGGGUCUGCUGUAUGCAGGAAGCCCGUCAGGUGUGGCACGGCUGGAGAGCUGGGAGGUCCGGGAUGGUGGCCUGGGGCCAGCAGGUGACAGGUCUGCAGGACCCAGCCGACGUGGGGAACGGCGGGUCAUCCGCCUGGCUGACUGCGUGUCUGUGCUGCCGGCUGACGGUGAGAGCUGUCCCAAAGACACUGGUGCCUUCCUGCUCACCACCACAGAGCGAAGCCACCUACUGGCCGCACAGCAUCGCCAGGAAUGGAUGGGCCCCAUCUGCCAGCUGGCCUUCCAGGGCACAGGGGAAUGUUCCUCAGGCCCAGAGGAGGUGGAAGUUUCCAAGAGGGGCCUGGUCCCCAUGGAGGAGAAUUCCAUCUACUCCUCCUGGCAGGAAGUGGGCGAGUUUCCGGUGGUGGUGCAGAGGACCGAGGCUGCCACCCGCUGCCAGUUGAAGGGGCCCUACCUCCUAGUGCUAGGCCAAGACACCAUCCAGCUGAGGGAACCCUCCAGCCCCCAGGCCCUCUACACCUGGCCCUACCGCUUCCUGCGCAAGUUCGGCUCUGACAAGGACGUGUUCUCCUUUGAAGCUGGACGCCGCUGUGACUCGGGUGAGGGUCUCUUCGCCUUCAGCAGCCCCCGAGCCCUCGACCUGUGCAGGGCUGUAGCCGCUGCCAUUGCCUGCCAGCGGGAACGGCUGCCAGAGCUGGCUGGGCCCCGGCCCUGUCCCCUGCCUCGGGCCACCUCCCUGCCCUCACUGGACCCACCGGGAGAGCUGCGGGAGGUGCCCCCGGGGCUGGAGACGCCCAGCUCCUGGAGGGCACGCCUGGCUGAGCCUGGCCCCCAGAGCCUGCCCCCACUGCUGAGCCCAGUGCCCCAUGAUGAGCUGGUGUCUGGGCUCUAUGCAUCAGUGUGCAAGCGGGCCAGUGGGCCCCCAAGCAAUGCCGAGCACCUCUAUGAGAACCUAUGCGCGCUGGAGGCAGGCCCAGUGCUGCCCAGGGAGAGGGACCCUGAGCAGGAGGGUCCCAGCCGCCGCAGCCCCCUGGCCAGCCCCAUCUACCACAACAGCGAGGACCUGGGCUGGCCAGGCCCUGCGCACAACAGCAGCCUGGAGGCCCAGUACCGGCGGCUUCUGGAACUGGAGCUCGGUGACAGUGAUGAAGCUGGGGGUUCUGGCCGCCCCAGUGCUCACACGGGCUUCAAGGCCAAGCUGGUGACGCUGCUGAGCCGUGAGCGGAAGAAGGGCCCAGCCCCCUGUGACCGCCACUGAAAGCUCUGUGUGGCUCUGUGACAGGAGAGAAAGGCGCUCUGAUGUUCCUGGGCCAGGGCCAACAGUGGACAUCCGGGACACACCCCUGCCUCCACUCUGGCCUGUGGAGGUAAGGCGGGCAGGCUGAGGAGGACCCCUCCUGUGCCCCGCCGCCCCCAGUCCCCCUGUACAGAUUUGCUGGAAAUAAAACCUCCCAGCACUGCUCUUGG